AUGAUAUGGAAAAUGCCUGAUAUUUCUUCACGUCUGCCCUGUGACCCAAGGGAAUUUCUUUUGGCCGUCGAGACUACCGCCAGUCUGCUGGUUAGACAGGCUGUAGUUGAGUCGUCCGGUGGCCGGGCAUUUGGCGCUGAUACUCGUCUGCCGGGAGCAGCCAUAACAUUGAACACAACAGACGCCUUUGUUUCUUGGCUCCCUCACGUAAGCUGUUCUCGUUGUUGGUGA